AUGUCUUCAGAGAAACCACCACGACGCAGCGCGCGGCGGGCAGAGCCAAAACCACAAAACAACUCACCGGAGAAUGACGAAAGUCUGGAGAAACGGCGGCAGCGGAAUCGCAAAGCCCAGCGCUUAUUUCGGCUACGGCGUCAAGCAGCUCAUGCCAACUAUGAGAAGAACCUGAUCCAUAUGGAGGGCGCCCUUGAGCAGAUGGCUUCCACCUUUCUCGACUUCACCAACGGGAUCCUUCAGUCACCGCUCAUUAGCCGGGAUCCUGCUCUCAUUUCAAAGCUGCGUACGGCAACUGACAGCAUUCUGUUUCUGUGCCAGGGCAGCAACAAUGAUCUGGACGACAAUUCUGAUAACAGUCCACCUACCAUCAAGGUUGUUGGCCCCAGUCCCGUUUCCAGCCCUGAUAACGCUGCUAUCCAGCAAGGCUUCCACGGAAACGGGCAACUUCCUCAGCCAACCGCCGUAGACAACAUGUUUCUUGAUAUCAAUGCCUUUAAUCAGCCCCGGCCUGUACCUCAACCAGGCGUUCAGCACAACAACCCGCUGUCCGGAUGGCAUUCGCCGCAGAUCAGAAACAUAUUCGGCAACGGCUUCAUGAGCCUACCGCCCAUCGACUUUGCCGAUUGUGCCGACACCGAUACCAUGUUGCAGAUGUAUCCGGCCGAGGACUCCCUGAGCUACUACCCCGAUGGUAGAUAG